UGCAGUGUUCGGGGCGGCUGGCAGGAGAAGUGAGGGCUUCGAGCAUGAGAAAGUCACACCGGCUAGCAGCGUGUCAGCAAGGAACAUGUCACCCCCAUGCAUGACGGUCCACAAUUUCAUUCCUUGAGACGCAUCACCUCAGACAAAAGAAUCGCUUUCGACGCACAGAUCUCCUGGUGAUAAUGACGAAAUAAAUCCACCUACAGACUCACCCAUAUUCUACGGACUCAAAUAUUAACUCUGUUAAAAGUUAGUGAAGUUCAAAGGAGGACUUUUCACCUGCCCUGACCACACAAAAAAAGACAUUCCAUCCUUCGCCCCCGUUUGCUUUAUCAAAUGCCCAAAAACAGCAAGGCCGUCAAGAGAGAGCUUGACGACGAUGUCACAGAGUCGGCUAGAGACCUUCUUUCCAACGAGGACGCCUGCGACGAUUCCUUCAAGAAGAGCUCGCUGAUCGUCGAGGGCCAUGACGGCGAGGGCAAGGAGUGUGAUGUGGAGGAAGGCGGCUCAGACGGCGAGGAGGAGGAGCGCCCGGCGUGGAACAGCAAGCUCCAGUACAUCUUGGCCCAAGUUGGCUUCUCUGUAGGCCUUGGCAACGUCUGGAGGUUCCCCUACCUGUGCCAGAAGAAUGGAGGAGGGGCAUACCUGGUGCCCUACUUAAUCCUGCUGGUGUUGAUUGGCAUCCCGCUCUUCUUUCUGGAACUUGCUGUGGGACAGCGCAUCCGGCGGGGCAGCAUCGGGGUGUGGAAUUACAUUAGCCCACGCCUAGGGGGCAUCGGCUUUGCUAGCUGCGUGGUGUGCUUUUUUGUGGCUCUCUACUACAAUGUCAUCAUCAGCUGGAGUCUCUUCUACUUCUCGCAGUCCUUCCAGCAGCCAUUGCCGUGGCAUGAGUGUCCGCUUGUCAAGAACAAGAACAGCACAUACGUGGUGCCCGAGUGUGAGAAGAGCUCGGCCACUACCUUCUACUGGUACCGCGAGGCUCUGGACAUCUCCAACAACAUUUCAGAGAGCGGAGGACUCAACUGGAAGAUGACCUUGUGCCUUCUGGCCGCCUGGUCCAUGGUGUGCCUGGCCAUGAUCAAGGGAAUCCAGUCCUCUGGGAAGACGCUGUAGGAGAGGAAUAACAUUGUAGGAGAGAAAAAAACGGAGCCGCCUUUUGAGUGCGGGGCCUACAGAAGUACCUACUGCUUGCUGAGAGAACGAUACAUGCUUUCAUGCCUACUAAGUCUACUAAACAACAACAUUAUUUCCUAGCAGACCAGGUGACCAGGUAUCAGGUGUGCUAAAAAGCAGAGUUGUAAUGACAAGCUACAUUCACAGACAGUCUCAUGCUGUGAUGUGGUAAUGAGCAGUCUGCCACAAAUAAAUGAAUGCAUGAGAAACACUAGCCAUGACUCCUGCUAGCCAAAGGCUGGACUACACUGUGUGCACUGUGUUUUUUUUACAGAGGAGACACGUGAUCUAAAUAUCCUAUAGCCAUUACAUGUACUGUUACACCCCUAAUUUAAUUUGCUAAAUCACAGCUGAGCAAACAACUCAUCUAGGUUGCUGCCUUAACAGGCAAGUUCAAAUGUGGUCGCUUUAGUAUCUCCUACGUGUAUUCUUAGUCAAAGGAUUUUAGUCCUGCUAUUCGUUUGCAAAGUUUUUUUGUAGUCUGCAGCUGAAAUCUUGAAUGUCUUCACGUUAGAUCAGCUUUUAUCUCAACUUACGUCCUCCAACAUGGCGGGCUGAGAAACAACAAGAUGGAUACCCUCCACAGUGGAGGCGCUUAAAUCUGGGCCAUCUUGAAGAGACGUGCCAGACGUCCCUAUUUUGCCUUCACGGUGUGAAAUGCCACUGAUAGCCACAGUCUUUGUCCAGCGCUAUCGCCCCCUGACACUAUUCUAUUUUUAGGUUUAGUGUUUACAGCACAACACAAACAGCGUAAUGUCCUCCAGCUACAUUUCUGGACCGCGUUUUUGCAAGUAGAAAAUGGUCCAAAGUUUGGAGGAGUGGCCCCCUAAGGCGUGUUUGAAGUACAACCAACAGCAUGCACCACAAAAGAAUAUUAAUGGAACCUCUCUCCCUUUUGUGUGCACAAAGCCUUUUUUUUCUCUGGAAUAUCCUUGUGUGAACGUGGGUGAGUGUGAAAGGACCAGGUUGCCAUGGCAAUACAUGCUCUUUUUUUGGCUUGGAUUCAUUGUCAAGAAUGUGGCCAAAAAGGGAGGAGGGAUGGAGGUUUUUUUGUUGAUGCAGAAGAAUUUGAACUUGUUUCUGAGAAGUGUGACUUGGUGAUAAGAAACCAGGGAGCAUGACCUCUGGGAACAGCAAGUUGAUCAGAAAGACCGAGCAACUGGACAUGUGCAUUUCAAAAAUUUUAAGAAAGUCAAAUGAAGUUCACCUGUAAGUGUAUACUGUACCCGGCUUUUUUUAGGUAGUGUAUAGCAAUAAGAAUAUUCUCUUUAUGACAACUAUGAUUGUGCUUGUCACUUAGCACAUGUUAUGUAUAUUUGUAUGUAUUAACAGCGCCAAAUAAACUGAAAAUUUAAAUCAAUUUAAGAGAAGGCACACACGUCUGAAAAUAUAUUUACCUACCACUGGUUUAUUUAAUUCUCGUCUGAAGUCAGCUGGGAUAGGCCCCAGCAUACCCACUUGACCCUAGUGAGGAUAAGCGACAUGGAUGGAAAAUGGACGGAGGCAUGGCUGGAUGGUUUCUUGAAUAGCAGAUUAUUUGAAUCAGACUUGAAUUGUUUUAUUAUGAGCAAUGAGGACUUCAAUAACACUAUGUCAUUUAAGAUUAAUUGGCCUAUUGGCUCAAUUUGCCUUUAACUAUAUGUUAUUAAGAAUAAUUAAUCAUAUUCUUCUACCCUACUGCAAUGCUUCUAAAGCUAGCAGUUAGCAACAUAACAUCUCAGCUGUAAGCAGUACACGAAACACAGUGAAAUAGCAUGCUAACUUAGAGGCAGUUAGCGACCAGCUCGGCAGCUCAAUCACAUGAUGUGAUGUUCGGGGUGUCUGUGAAAGCAUCUCGCUAUCUGUUGAGUGAGGAAGUGUUGUGAUGACGAGAGGACUAGAGACGUUUUUGUUGUAGAGUUGAGAUAAAUAAAAAUGAAGAUUAACGAAAAAAAAAUUUAUUAAUGAACUCGGGGCACAUAUAACAGUGGAGUAUAUGUACUUGAGUAUUGGAAAAUGUGCAAAAAAAGUUUUUUUCAAUUUCUUAUGUUUUUUUUAGUUUACAGUAAUUUACUGUCACUGUUUGGCAGUAUUUCACAAUGAACUCUACUGACUUUUUUUUUAACAGUGUGAGUACAGCAAAUAUUAGUUUGUAGGGAAGGAACAAACAAGGGCACAAAGCCAAGACUAAUAAUAGUAAUAAUAAUAAUAACACUCCAUUAUCAUUGUCAACAAAGCUUAAUGGAAAUACAGUAUAAAGGCCUUGGGGAAGACCCAGGACAGGCUGGAUCAGUGUCAUGGGUGGGUGGGUGUAUGGAUUCUUGUUGUAGGUGCUGUGUCACCAUCUUACCCAUAGUCCAGAGGUCACAGCCUUCCGAGUUUCAGCGUUUUGUGAUUACAUACACACCCCCAUGAAAUAAUGAAAAAAAUCUGAAUUGAACAAGCCAUACUGUAACUGCAAAUAUGGUGCCUCAUGACGUUACUACUUUACACCAGGAGAUGGCAGACAUCUGUAGCUUCAGUCCGACUAACAUCAGUGAGUGUGUUUCUAUGCAGUAGACGUUUAGUAGUUGAUAGAGUUUCAAACCUGCCUCCUGUGUGUCCUGUGCGUCCUCUUGCCAUGACAGUCCACAAGCAGCACAUACUGGAGCCAUUGCUCUGAUUCACCGUGUGCGGGGUGGCAGGAGGGGACGUGUUGGGUAGAGCAGCAAACAGCAAAAACGCUGAAAAACAAAGAUUAAUAUAACAUUGGCGGUUGUUGGGCGGCACGGCGGUUCAAUUCCACCCUCGGCCAUCUCUUUGUGGAGUUUGCAUGUUCUCCCCGUGCAUGUGUGGAUUUUCUCCGGGUACUCCGGUUUCCUCCCACAUUCCAAAAACAUGCUAGGUUAAUUGGCCACUCCAAAUUGUCCAUAGGUAUGAAUGUGAGUGUGAAUGGUUGUUUGUCUAUAGGUGCCCUGUGAUUGGCUGGCGACUAGUCCAGGUUGUACCCCGCCUCUCGCCCAUAGAGUCGUUAGGUAGAGUCCCAUCUGAUGGGACAAUUAAUGCAAAAAUGUACAUGCUGGUUCAGACGCUUACAUUAAAUAGCGGUUGCUGUGAUUGCUUAUUCCAUUGAAAUGUGCCCGACCCUCUGAAAAAACCUGCCUGUGAGGUUUUGGUGACGUGUGGGCACUGUGCGCUUGUCAGCCAAUUUACCGCUGUGCCGGGUGUGCUUUGCCUGUGCUGAGAACAGACCCAGGUCGCAGCUGGCCAGCUUUCAGCGUUUUGUCACAAAUAUUUUCACUUUGCCAAGCUGAAAAUGUGUGCUUAAUGUGGUAGUACGCCAUGCCUGGUCAGGAGUGGUUGCAUGUAUCGUACGGUGCACACGUGGUUAGUGAGUUGUAUGUUCUUAAAACCUUGCUCCCAUGCACCCUCAAGAUCCCUGCCAAGAGUGGACAGUUGGUCAACAGUUCCACGACCAGGAGGAUCUCACCUGGGCCUCUGAAACCAAGGAGCUUUUUGACCACCUCGGCAACAUCAAGCCCCAGAGAUGGGAGAGUUGGUCCCCAGGCACUGCUUCCUCAUUCCUCAUCUGUGGGUUUGAGGAGGUCUUCGAAGUAUUCCUUCCACAUCUCGAGUCAACAUCAGCAGCACACUAUCGCCACUAUACACGGUGUUGACAGUUUACUGCUUCUCCCUCCAGAGACAGCGGAUAGUGGUCCGGAAUCUUUUCGAAGCUGUCUGGAAGUCAUUCUGUAUGGCUUUCCUGAAUUCCCACGUCUUGGGUUUUUGUCUUUGCAGCCAAAGCCACAGACCACUUGGGAGGCCUGCACCAGUCAGCUGCCUCUGAGUCACAUGGGCCAAAAAGGUCCAAUAGGACUCCUUGUUUAGCUUGACAUCUUCCCUUACCGCUGAUGUUACAAACAAAAUGAAUCAUUUGACAGCCCCAGUGUUUUGUAAGUGUGACAAUAACCAUAGAACCUGAAACAUAAUUAUUUUCUGUGGGAUAAUGUGAUAAUAUUGAUUACCUGAUUGUCUUUAAA